AGUGAAAGCCCCAGUUGCUGAGAGGACCAGGAGACGCGCCGGCCGAGGCUGCAGAGGCUGCCGCGGGGCCCGGACUAGGGUGAUGGAGAACGGAGCGGUGUACAGCCCCACUACCGAGGAGAACCCAGGCCCUGCCAGGGGCGCCCGGAGCGGCCUGGCCGCCUACUGCUCCCUGGGCCGGCUGCCUUUGCUCCGGCGCUUCCUCAAAGGCUCGCAGCUGCUGCUGUCCCUGCUGGCCUUCAUCUGUGAAGAAGUUGUGUCGCAGUGCACGCUGUGUGGAGGACUUUACUUCUUUGAGUUCGUGAGCUGCAGUGCCUUUCUUCUGAGUCUGCUGCUGCUGAUCGUGUAUUGCACUCCAGUUUACAACAGAGUUGAUGCCCUGAAAGUGAAAUCAUCGGAUUUUUAUAUUACCUUGGGGACAGGCUGUGUAUUUUUGCUGGCAUCCAUCAUUUUUGUCUUCACGCAUAGCAAGACCUCAGCUGAACUUGCAGCAGUAGUGUUUGGAUUUCUGGCAAGUUUUAUGUUCCUGUUGGACUUUGCCGUGAUGUUCUAUGAGAAGCAGCAGGAGUCCCAGUUGAGAAAGCCCGAGAGUACCGCGAGGGCGGAGACGCUCACCGAGCCCCUGAAUGCUUAAAGACUUGAAGCGGAAGCAGGUGGAGUGGAAGGUAGCUGCUUUUGUGGUCUCCGGGCCCCGGUAGGAGCUCAUGGAGGAUCUGGGCU